AUGAUUGGCACAUCUUCCAAAGGAAAUAUUGAAGCUAAUUCUGAGAAAUUUUAUAUUGAUGUUAAUACCAGUAAUACUAUUGAUUCUCUCGAAGAGAAAAUUUUCGACGAAGUCAAGAAAAAAAAUAAUGACAUCUUUUCCGAUAUUAAGGCCAGUGAUUUAAAGCUUUGGAAGGUACAAAUUCGUAAUGAUAAGGAAGAUGACUUUUCAAGCCUUGAUUUACAAGGUGAUGAGAAAGACAUGAAGAUACUCCGAGGAAUAACUGGCAAUUAUUGGAAGAAACAGCCUUCUGAAGAAUUUACUCAUAUUAUCGUUGAUUCACCACUUUUAGUAGCGAGACGAGGUUUACGAGAAAGGGAUAUACAGAUUCAGGAUAGAGAUGAAUCAUUGGAUUUAUUAAAUGUUUUUCACGCGCAACACGAUAAACUUAUAACUGAUAAUUUAAUAGAACAUCAAGAUUUAGAUAUUCUUGAAGAUCUUCGAACUGAAACUAAACGAUUUUGUUAUGCUCUUGUAGCAAAUAGAGUUUCAUGGACAAGAAUGGUCGCAGAAAUUGGAACUAAUCCUGUAAGGACGAAAAGUAUUGAUAAGCGAACACUACAGAAAUUUUGUAGCGGUGAAACAAAAAAACCUGAUGAUGAAGUUUUGCUUUUAAUUAAGGCCUGGGUAAUUAAACAAAGAGAGGAGGAAGUAAUUUAA